AUGAAUAAUCUGAAGUCAGAAGAAAAGUCCAAAAUCGGUUUUUUAACGAAGAAAAAAGUUUUUCGUUGGACUAUAGACUCUAAGUAUGUUCUAAAUUUGAAGGAAAGUGUACGAAGUGAUUUUUUCACCAUCAGUCCAAUCCGAAAUAAAAAAUUCUGUUUAUCAUUAGAAUACGAAUCGGAAGUUGUGUGCAGAAAUUUAUUUUAUGUAUGCCUACAAAAAUCUGCGCUUAGAACGGAUUUAAUUCACAAUGACGAUUUACCUAUUAAAGUGAAUUUCUCGUUUUUGGAUAGCCGAAAUAGAUCUCAUCACACUUGCGAAAAGGUACUGGAUACAGAAGAUGACAAAGCCUUAGCACAGUUCGACCUUUUCUUGAUUAAAAAUCAGCAAAUGAUGCUGUUGAAGAAUAAUUUAUUCACCAUCAGCUGCUCACUUGAUGUGGAUGAAAUCAUUAAUGAAAACAGUACUUUUCCUGAUAGCAAAUCAACCAAGAUUGUGGAAACCAAACAGACUUCAAACCAUCACGAUCUGGUAGCAGAUAUGACCAAGCUUCUGGACAGCCAAAAACUGUCUGAUUUGACCAUCACUGCUGAUGAGAAAGAUUUCAAUGUCCACCGAGCCAUCUUGGCAGCACGAUCGCCGGUAUUUGCCGCAAUGUUCGAACACGACACCAUCGAAAAAAUGAGCAACAGAGUCAACAUCUCUGACAUCACCAGCGAUGUGUUGCAGCUGAUUCUAAAAUACAUCUAUACGAACGAAGUAGGUGACAUGGAUCCAAAUACGUGCCUAUCUCUUCUUAUCGCAGCAGACAAAUAUUCCUUACCCCAGCUCAAGCGGAUGUGUUCUUCGUUUUUGUGUGCUAAUUUGACUGCGGAAGCAGUUGUGAGUGUGUUGACUGUUGCCAGCUUCCACGAAGAUUCUGACUUGAAAGAUGCAGCCAUUUGUUUCAUACUGAAUAAUGCACUGGAGGUUAUGAAAGGAGAGGAGUGGCUGAGUUUGUUGAAGGAUCAUCCUAGUUUAGCCAACACCAUUAUCCUACAAUUAGCCAGUAGAAAAUAACAUUCAAAAAAUUUUAUCUAGACUUUCUCAGCAAAUAGAUCGGUACGUAAAACUUACUUAAAAUUACUGCUGAAUGCAAUUUUUUCAGCAUUUUAUCACAUGUACGAUUUUCCAGUGUAACGUUUCAAAACAUUAUACAUUUCAGAGGAAGUAUUUUUAAAACUAACUAUUUUUCUAUGAUUAAAUAUCCGUACGAAAGACAAAUAAUGUUUACUUUUUGCUGAGAAUCAGAAAAAAUAUUUGUUUCAAUCUUCCCACGUUUUGGGACUUUUAAUUAGUAUUCUGAAAAAGUUUUAACACUGCUUUAACCGAAAGUUAGAGAAGUCGCUUAAUUGACUGUUAUACGCAUUCCUUAAAAGUAGAUUUGAAACUUAGAAAUCAAAUGUCUUGGAAAUUCUAAAAUGCUAGUCUGUAUCCUCCCCCUGACUCUACAGUGCCGGCAAAAAAAAAAAAAAUCUUUACAUUUAAAAAACUUAACAUUCAAAAUUCUUGUCGUGAUUUUAUUGGCAUGCUCCCUAGUGAUUUGGCCGAAUACCGAAUAUUCGGCCACAGCCUAGGCCGAAUAUUCGGUAUUCGGCCAGAUCACUUUGGAGCAUGCCCAUAAAAUCAUGGCAAGAUGCUCGCAUGUAAAGUUUUUAAUUGCUAACCAAAUUUAAAGAUUUUUUUUGCCGGCACUGUACUACUAUGUCUAGUCGUGGCUAACAUAGUCAUACCAUAUUUAGCUUUCAGAAAAUAAAUCAUAUGUUUGAAUCAAAUGUGAAUGCGCAAUUACGUUGCAUACCGGUGCAUCAAAUGUUGAAAUAUUUUUCUCAAACCAAAUUCAUCUUUCAUUUCAAAACAGUUGUUGUGCUUUUGAACGAUGAAGCAGUAGUAGUUUACCCUGCACCAAUUUGAAUGUGGUUAAUCGGCUCGUGUACUUUCAAACUCAAACAAUAUCUUCUCAUAUUGUGCGUGCAUUUUCAAUGCUUUAAUUUCCUAAAUAGUGUAUAGGUUCUUGAAACUGGUCGCUUCAUACAAGUUUAUGUUGUGCUAUAUGAUUUUGCCAUACCCAUGAUGUUGCCAUACUACUAUGUCUAGUCGUGGCUCACAUAGUCAUACUAUAUUUGGCUUGCAGAAAAUAAAUCAUAUAUUUUAAUCAAAUGUGAAUGAGCAAUUACGUUGCAUAUUGUUACAUCAAAUGUUGAAAUAUUUUUCUCAAACCAAAUUCAUCUUUCCUUCCGAAACAGUUGCUGUGUUUUUGAAUGAUGAAGCAGUAGUAGUUUACCCUGCAUCAAUUUGAAUGUGGUUAAUCGGCUCGUGCACUUUCAAACUCAACCACAUCUUGGCAAGAAACAACAGCUUCUCAUACUGUGUGUGCAUUUUCAAUGCUUUAAUUCCCUAAAUAGUGUAUAGGUUCUUGAAACAGGUCGCAUCAAACCAGGGUUAUGUUGUGCUAUAUGAGGCAGUGAGAAGCAAAGAGAUGUAAGUGGUACAUUUUCAAGUUUUGAGUAAAACGCGUUUAAAGAUAUAACAUCCUAGGUAGGCUUUCAUUGAAUUUUUUUUCUAAAUCAUGCUGCAUAGCAGCAACUACCAGGGCUACUAGUACCAUAUCUUGCCCCAUGACAGAGGAGAGGUUCACCUACCAUUUGUACUGGUUAUCUUCAAAUUUUUAAUUUUGCCACUUACAUCCCUUUGCUUCUCACUGCCUCAUAUGAUGUUGCCUUACCAUAGUUCCUACCAACCAUCAGUUUGCCCAUUGUAUUGCUCUUACAACUCAACUUCCGUAACAUUAUCAGGAUUCACUAUUGUGUGGAAUUGAUUCUGAAACACUUGUUGAUUAAAGUUUCUGGAGAUGGGACUUUGUUUUGCAAUUAUCCAAAAGUUUAGUAACUUUUUAUAGAGUGAAUGUUUUUUCCCUCUGCUACAUUUUUAGGGAAUGGGCAGAAUUAAAUUUUUAAGAAAAUGCAGGACCUCUUAGUUUUACAGGAAGUUUUUUUUCUACUUUUUUUUUUCCUAAUUUCUUUUUUUCUUUUUUUUUUCUUUUUUCUUUUCUUUUUUUCUUUUUACUGGUGCUUAGUUCUUAAAAAUGUAUUUACCCUUGGUGAAGUUUUUUUUUUUCUUUUUUUAGAGUAUGUGUGAUAUGUGUGUUACAACUGUGUUGUUGAAUAGUAAAAAUAUCACAGAACUAUUAUAUUGUAAUGAUAUAUACUAAAUAGUUUUUUACUUUUCUUGUGACUUUUAUUUAGACUUGCAUUGCAUUUGUGUCAUUUAUUAUGUUGCCAACAUCUUGUAUGCAGUCAAAAAAUAUUUUUAUUAUUAUGAAAACAAUUAUU